AUGGAUAACUAUAUCAAAGAAGAGACCAUGAGUGACAAGGACGAGCUUCAUGUUUCUGAAGCUUCCGUCUACAUCGACAAGGCAAAGCUCUUCCGCAAAGUGGAUCUUCGUAUUCUCCCGCUUAUGAUAGUCACUUACGGAUUGCAAUUUAUGGAUAAGCUGGCUUUGGGUCAGUCUUCUGUUUUCGGUCUCAAAACAGAUCUAGAGCUGGUGGGUCAAGAUUAUUCAUGGACUUCAUCGAUCUUCUACUUCGGUUAUAUGUUUGGAAACUUGGCGAGUGUCAGAGUGCUUCAAAUUGUGCCAAUUGGAAAGUUUGUCUCAGUCUCCGUCUGUCUGUGGGGAAUUACGCUAGCUUGCACAGGAGCCUGUGAAAAUUAUGCAGGACUUCUUGCUGCCAGAUUCUUUCUAGGCCUUCUUGAGAGUGUUGUCAGUCCUUCAUUUGUGCUGAUCACGGGUAUGUGGUGGAAGCCAGAACAGCAAUCUGCCAGAUCGGGUAUCUGGUUUGCCGGUAACGAUGCCGGUGCUAUUGUGGGAUCUUUCUUAUCGUUUGGUCUGGGUCACAUCACCGGAAAGUUGUCCCCAUGGAGAUAUAUUUUUAUCGUUUAUGGGUGCAUCACAUUUGUGUGGAGUUUCGCUAUCUUCUUUUUCCUCCCAGAUUCUCCAUCCAAGGCCAGCUUCCUUACAGAAUCCGAGAAGCAAUAUUACGCCGAAAAUAUGAAGAACCAAAAGGUGGAGGAUGACUGGAGUUGGGACGAAUUUUUCUCCUGUAUGACAAACAUCAACUUCUGGCUGCUUCUUGGAUCCGUUGUGCUCUCUAUCUUGCCUAACAGUGGAGUCCAGAGUUACGGAAAUAUUAUCUUGAACAACUUUGGAUUCAGCGCUAUAAACACCACGUUGCUCAAUUUGCCAGGUUCUAUAAUUGCGUGGAUCGCUAUCACUGCAUCUGGACUGAUUGCCAGUAGAAAAAAAGGGCUCAGAUGCUUGAUGAUCUCUGUGUGCUGUAUUUUUGCAAUCGUUGGAGGCUCUCUCAUUUACAAGGGCCAAACUUUAGGAGCAAAAUUGACUGGAUUUUACUUCGUGCUAGUUCAGACCGCAACCUUCCCAUUACUGCUGUCGAUGGCUUCCUCAAAUUUCGUUGGCUCAACGAGAAAGACUGUCGUAAGCAAUUCUAUGUUCCUCAUUUACUGUGCCAGUAACAUUGCCGGACCACAACUUUUCCGCAGCCAAGAUGCCCCAACAUACACCUACGCUUUCAGAUCCUGGGUCAUUUGCUUUUGCUUGAAUGUCGCUGCUGCUGUGGCGAUGGCCAUCAACUCAUACAUCCAAAACAAGAGACAGCAGACUUCUUCUGAUGGCGAUCCUGAGUUCCAGUACUUAUAUUGAUUAUCAAGCUUCGCUCUUACUUUUCAAAACCUCAGUAUAUGCUUCAAAUCCUUCUUCAGAUCUCCGACAAAGUAUAAAAGCGGGUCUUUGAGCAAUCGCCGAAGACCUCCUUAUGUAAUAAUUCUUUUUUGCCGUCUUCCGUAGGGUUGGACCCUAACUGUAUAUGUCAUAUCCAACGUUUCCCUUCCAUCUGAAUGCCGACAAAACGUUUUCAGCCACAACAGGGUUGAUCCUCAGUGUUUUGUUUGCUUCAAAAAGACCGUCAUGUGUCUCUCCGGGAGCAAUUGAAUCAACGACUUUGGUGAAUUGGCUUUCAUAAACUUCACAGAAGCAGAUCAUUUGAAAGAAGUAUUAAACGCACAAUCUCUGGUACUGCAUUGAUGAAAGUACUGGCUGAAAUUGAAGACAUCGUCACAGAUACUCUUAUCAAUCGUUCUGAUUGAUACAUGUCAAAGAGCCCCGAAUUGAGACGCAUGUUGGUGACUAAUCGGAUUCGCUGAAAGGUCAGUAACUAUCAGUAAAUAAACAACAACGGUGUUAAUGUGAGUCGAUCUUCCACACUUCUCUGAGUCUCAAGCGAAUUAGGGCAUUCCAAGUCUUUUUCAGAUUGCGCACAUUGGUAUGCAUGGUAUGUGUCAGCGGCCGUUGAAAAAUUUCGUUUAUUUCCUCCAAUGUCAAACCUUUGGUUUCGGGCAUAAACAAAGUUAAGUAAAACGCUCCCAAAAGAAGCAAUCCACAGUAAAGCCCUGCAAAGACUCCUGUCGAAGUCAUAGAGUUGGCCAUGUAUUGGAAAGGAUAGGUCGUCACGAAAGUUCCAGUCCAGUUACAAAACGAGGCAAGACUCAUUCCAUAACUUCUCAGGUAUGUAGGAUAGACCUCCGCAGCAAGAAGAUAAGGAACUGGACCGAGUCCUGGGGACCAGAAAACCGUGUAAGUGAUGAUACCCCAAAAAUAGAUUCCUAGUUUGACACCAAGAUUUGUAGCCAAAAAGGAACAGCCCGUAAUAACUAGUCCUAUUGCAAUACCUGGGAUAAGUGUCAACGUCAAGGUACGUCUUCCAAGGCGGUCCAUAAGGUAAAUAGCGGGAAUUGUGGAGAGGAACAUGACUCCUCCACCGACCAAACUUGUGUAGACGGCAUUCUGCGGCGAUAGCCCUGCGGCCUGCACCAAAGUCGCUUGAUAGUACUCGAUGGAAUUGACACCAGACAUUUGUUGGCAAAUCAAACUGCACGUUACUGCAACCGAUAUUGCCCGUAAACAUCUUUUUGUGCCAAAUAGGUCCAAAAUGAGCCAUCUGUCUUGCGCCAUUUCCUUCUCAUACAGCAGAACGUGCUCCAUAAUGUAGAACUCUUGUCGCUCAUCCACAGAGUCCAGUCCGCGAGCAUACUUCCAAACCUGAUAUGCGUCCAGCUUCCGGCCUCGUUUCAUGAGCCACCUUGUGGACUCGGGCAAGGUCAACAUUCCAAAGAACAAAAUAGUAGAGAACACCACAGAACUUCCCAAAAUAUAUCUCCAGUUCCCCUUCACUGAGUUGAAAAUCGCUGCAAUCACGUAUCCCAUCAUAACACCGAAAGCCACCAUCACCUGGUAUAGCGACACCAGGCCUCCACGCCAUCUGCGAGCACAGUUCUCAGAAAUAUAUGCAGGAACCGUUCCAGAAAGAAGGCCAAGUGCGAGUCCCAAGAUGAUUCUUCCAACCAGCAUGACGGCAAAAUUCCUUGCUGCAGCUUCCAGAAUCGCACCAACUGUGAAAACAAUCGAGGAUAUAAUAAUAGUUCCUUUUCUUCCAAAAAUGUCGUUCAAGGGCAUCAGAGCUAGAGCACCUCCCAUGGCGCCCAAUGGCGUAAACCCAACCACCAUAGACUCUUGUGAAUCUGACAAGUUGAGAUCUUUUGGCAAAUACAAUGCAGCUCCGCUGAUCAAGGACUGGUCGACACCGAACAACAACCCCCCGACAGAGGCUAGACUGGCCAAAUACCAAAUAAACCUCUCUGGUUUUUUGAGCCAUCUACUUGACAAAAAUGGCUUUUUUCCUGAAGCUUGUAACUCUUGUUCCAAUGUAUCGAUGCCCUCGGCGAUCUUGGCAUCGUUCACUUCUAGGUAUUUACCAGCGUCGAUCUGGAUAAUGCGAACUCCCGAAUCGGAGUCGGAGUCGCCCUCAAAAUGCUCAGUCUCGUUUUUCUUCUCCAAGUCUAACGAGAUCAUAUGCUUGU